AACCUUUACCCACACUCACCGCCACUCAUCAGCACUCACCCUAUUCCCCCUUUUCCCUAAACACAUACCCAGCAGGCACAGAGAAGGAAAAAAACGGCAGAAAGGAAGGGGAGAAAACGGGAAAAGAAAAGAGGGAGAGCAGAAGGGGAAGAGAGGGAGACGGCGCCGGUGGGCAUUACUGCCACCGUCGCCGCCGUUGUGCUGUCAGGAGGGAGAUCCGAGGAAGAGAGAGAGAGGGUGGAGUUGAGGGAGCAGAGAAACACGCCGCCACCUCCAGACGCCGUCGCCCUCAUCCCGAAUCGCCAUCAUCGCCAGUGCAGGGAGAGGAGUCGUCGCGCCACUGGAGCGCCGCCGCCACUGUUGGGUCGCCGUGCUGUCGUCUGAGAGCAGAGAGCGUGCGCGAGGAAGGAGCCUCGUGUCCGUUGUUGUCUCCGCGGGUCCCUGUCGUCGCCGCCUCUGAGUCCGUCGCCGCCAAGCCGCCGCGCAGUCAUGCCAAGGGAGAACGCUCGCGGGAAGAGGGAGAAGACGCCGUCGAGAAUCCCGUCGCCGUCAGAUCUGCCUCGUCACCGCCAUGCUUCCAUCAGCGCCGUGGAUCUGUUUCAUCGCCGAACUGAGCUAUGGAAGGAAGGGUCAGAAUGUGAUGGGAGAGAGAGACACCUUCCACCGCUGUUCCCCCGCCAGAUCCGUGUCACCGCCACGAACUGCCGCUGUUCUGGCUGCCGGAAGCCGCCGCCGAGCCUUUGCCUUCUUGUUAAGGUUACAGUUCGACCAUCGGAGUUUCUGGCCGCUGUCGGAGAUGCCGCCGGGUCAUCUCGGGAUUGUGGCUGUUCCAUUUUGCUCUUACUGUAGGAUUGAGUUAUCGGGAUUGCCUGUUGCAAUUAAAGUCGUUUCUGCUAUUGUGGAAGUGAGCAGACCUGCGAUUGAGGCUGCAGUUGGUUUCAGGCGGAGAGGAAUGGUUCUUGUGACGCCUUUAGUUUAUGGGUUCAACUUUCGAGCUUUAUCUUUUCAGGAACCAGAUGGAGAGGCAUUAAGAAGAGUUAUACUGCGUCUGGUUUAUAUGUUAUUGUAUUAACUAGAUUAUUUUCUUCCCUCGUCUUUGUUAGUACAAGUUUGUAAGAGGGAUAGGAAUUGUAUGUUUUAUAUGUAUAAUAUAUUGAGUUAUUAUGUAAGGAGUCUUGUAUAUGAAUCUAUGUUUGCUUGUAUUUUUUUUAAGAUAAAGUAUUUAUUUCUGGUUUUCAAAAAAAUCAACGAUACAGUGUCGAGGCACAGGCUCCUAUUUUAGUAUUUAAUAUGUAAAGUAAUCGUAAUACUUCUUGCUAUCAGAGUGGCGCAGCCGGAAGCGUGACUUCUGAUAGUGAGGGUGUUACAUUAUGGUAUCAGAGCGGUUCAUCCUGAUUAGAGCCUUGGGGAUGGACUGACCAUGUUUCAUUGCAUUCUCUGAAUGUCCGUCAUGUUGUAGGUCUUGUCCAAGUAACAAGAAUUAGAGUUUAUGGACAUGACUGCUUAUUAAUUAACACUGUUAGCUUACCGUUGCAUAUCGGUUGAUGUUAAGUCUGGCCAACUUAAUGUUGAUGGCUUAUGUGAACGGGGAAGUUAAUGGGUUAUUAUAGGCGAAUUGGAAUUAAUAAGUAAUAGGUAAUGCUUAUCACGCAGCUUGCAGACGUUAGGAAUUAA